AUGACGAUCCUCCGUCUGCACUUCCAAGUUACGGGACACAAGCAACCCAUCAUAGCUGUUGGAGCUCAUGGAGACCACAUUGCAACGGCCGAGCACGGCGCCGUUCGCUUGUGGUCCUUCGGAGCCUCACGUGCGGCGGCGGGAGGACCUUCUCUGGUGCAAGGGUUCCCGUGCUCCCGGCAACCGUUGCGGGCGCUGUUCAUGCUCCCGGGGCGUGGUGUUGGAGGUGACAGCUACUACGUGGUCGGAGUUUUCGAGGUGGACGGCGUGGUGCUGUUUGACGCGCGCGGCGGCGGCGUGGUGCACCGCCAUGUGCUCCUGCACCUUGGAAAGAAAAGAGAUAAAAAAAUCCUGACAGCGGCAUGGAACGCGGACACUUGCUCGCUGGCGAUAGCGACCGCAGCUGGCGGUGUCAAGAUUUACGGGAUCUUGCCAACCCCCCCGCCGGUACUAUCGAGUGGUAGUGGUAGUGGAAGCGGCAUUGGUAGUGGUAGCACCACCCGGGGCGCCAUCGUCGUCGUUCCAGGAGAGAAAGAGAGACAGCAGCAUCCCGACUCCGCUACUGCUGCAUCUGCUACGAUUUCACCACCGACACGGCCAGCGACUGCGGUACUACGACACGAAAUCGUCAUCAAUACAGUAUCGAUGACCGUGGGCGGCGGCAGAAAGCGUGUAAACAGGCAGGUGAGCUCGCUUGCGACAUCAUCCGACGGGGUUUCGUGGGAAGACUUCGGCGGCGAAGGCCGUGACAAUGAAUGCGGAGGGGCACGCAGCAGGGUGGCGGCCGCCGCGGGCGCCGGCAUUCUUGUGGGAGUUGCCGAGGGCCAGCACCUCUGCGUUUGGGACCUCGCGACAGGCUCGACCCUCCUCACUGCCCUCUCCAUAGCACCGAGGGGCUGCACGGUCGAGAAAGUGCUGUGGCACGGGCCGACGGCGCUGGUGGCGCUGCUGUAUCACGACGGGAUAGGGGUGUCGAGGGUCGACGUACACCAGGUCGACGUUGGGAGGAGGGUUACGAUACCGCUUCUUUCGUACAUGUCUGACGUGCUUGUCGCCGGAGCUAGCUUUUCCGCGGGUCCAUCAGACCGGGCGGCGAAUGCCCAAGUUCCGCCGUCGGGAACAACGCCAUGGGACGACGACAACAACCUGUCUGAUCCCGCAACUUCCAUGGAUUGCAGCUACGCUUCAACCUACUUGCAUGUCGUUGACCGCCUGCGCACGCUACGCACGUGGCUCUUGCACCCCGGCGGGUCCACCGCUGUGGCGGCGUACACGCUCCCCGCCGCGGCGCCACGCGUCCCAAAGGAACCCACUCUUCCGCCUGAAGCUGAGCGUACCGCACAGCGACGACAACUUCGCACCGGUGAAGGCGAGACGGAUUCUGCGUCGCCGCCGGGCCCCACGGUUGGGCCCGAGUCGUCCUUUUCCGACACCAAAGGGUCGUCGUUGUCACCCCCUCAUGGCAGCGGCGGUGGAGGCGACGGUGCCCCCUACGAUACUGGACAACAGAGAAACACAACUCACCCGGAACUGAGGCACAAGGGAAGGCCGGCUGAAACUCAAGCUGUCAACGGUGGCGAUAUUUUCGGGGAGGAGGUUGAGGAGGAGGAGGUCGAGCAGGAGGAGGCCGUAGACCCGCGAAAGUUGCCGUCAGGGGCUCUGAUCGCAGCAGUCAUCCCUAGUCGCUCGCGAUGCCCAGACGUCGCCGUUGGUCCCGGACUGCUAGUGGCGGCCGGGGUUGCGCUGUCGGGGGUCAGUUUCCUACCUGAGGAUCGAGAGGGUAGGCAGGACCAGAGCCCUAUCCUCUGGGAGUCUGGCGAAGAAGAGGCGGGGGUACGCGAUGGCAGCAUUCAAGAGGGUGGGGGGAACGCGGGGGCACCACCGCGAGUGCUGGGAAUGCGAAGCCUUGUGCCUCGACAUGGAGCUCUGCAGGCGCUGGCUUUGGUGUGGGCCGAGAGGCCGUCGUUUCAGGUGCUGGACGUGAGCGGUGGCGGGCGGGCUGGAGUCGUUGAGGAGGUCUCGCUCGCACGGAGACAUAGGGAAGAUCAAGUAGAGUCGGCUCCGCGAGUGGACCGCCCUUGCUUCAUCACGUCGUGGUGUCACAGCACCACCCUGGGGGUCCUCCUCUGCGGGUGGAACGAUGGUACGGUGGACGUCAUGAACCCACGCACGGCGUCCGUGUCGUUCCGACUCCGGCGGUCGCAGCAGCAGCUCUUGCCGGCGAGGGGCGCGUGCGUCUCGACGACGGCCGUGGGGCUCAUCCCCCUGUCUCUGCUCCUCCGGUACGCCGGCAACCAAUUCAUUUCGGAGGCUGAGUUAUCUGGCGGCUCCUUACCGCACGACGAUGCAGGCCGCGGCGGCGGCGGGGUUGUCGCGCUCGUUGGCAGCGCCGACGGUACCGUCGCCUUGUGGUCGGCGGGUCGCGCGUCGCGCCGACCGUGGCACGUCAUUCUCGCACACACCGAUGUGGUCGUUUCCAUUCGGACGGCCAUGGACGCCCCCCAGGACCCGCUCGAGCGGCUCGGCGGGGUGAAGGAGGCUGCUGCCGCCGAUGGCCACGGUAGCGGCCCCGGAAACGCUGUCGGGGAAUCUACCUUCUUUGUCGUGACCGCGGGCGCCAACCGGGAGGUGAAAGUUUGGGGCAUCGACACCUCACAAAGGCAAGAUAUGUCUCCUCUCACCCUCGCGGGGUACACCGUUGUCGGCAGUGGCGGAGGCGGUAGUGGUGGUGGGGACGUCGGGCGCCUUACGGCUCUCGAGCUCCUGUCCGAGGGGCACAUGGCGUGCGGGUUCGAGUCGGGCGCCGUGGAAGUCUGGACGAUCCCGUUCGCCAGCCGCAGCGGGGUCCUCGCAUCGACGCGAGAGGCCCUGCAGGCGUUCCCGCUUGCUCACGAGGCGAGGGUAACGUCGAUCGUCGUAGCGCUCGGGAUGGGCUUCCGUUCGCACAGCGGCGGCGGCGGCGGCGGGGUUAAGGCUGGGCGGGUGAUCCUGACCACCUCGGCCGACCGCACCGUGGUGCGCUGGGUGUCCAUGGCCCCCGGCGACAACAUAAGGCCGCUCCGUCGGUACUGCCUCUCCGUGGAGCCAGCCGCCGCCGUUCUCCUCCCUCCUCCUGUCGAUAUCGAGCCCGCUCCCGGGACUGCUGGCCGACACGCCGGCGGCCCUUCCCCGCCCAGAAAGUUCGCAAAGGUCGACAUCAUGGUGGCCGGCUCGGCGGUAGCGGGGUCGACGGCGAGGGUGUCGUCGACGAGGAAGCCAAACACAUUCCGGGUCGUGGCCGCGCUAGACGGCGUUGUCGCCGUGCUCGAGUCCGCCACGGUCGAAGCUUUGAUGGGGGAGAGCGGCAGCGGCGGUGGCGGCGGCAGACAAUCCCGACACCUGUGUCCCGCGGUGGCCAACGCGUUUCCGGGGAAACCUUUGAUACCACGGCUCCCGUCUCGCUCCGUCGCGUACGGCGGAUCGUCGUCAUCGGAGACCACUGCAAUACGAGGAGAUGGGGCUUACCGUUGGAAGGUGGGCGGCCCAAGGGGUCGCGAGGCCGGACGGUACCACGUCUUCGGCGGAAUACAGGGGCCUCUGUUGGGAUGGGAGGCUUCCGGCAAGAGAAGAAUGGUGCUGACCGCUGCCUCUCGAGAUGCUUGGCUGGCGUUGCCCAGAGCGGAUGGCGGUGGUGACACGCACGACGACGGCACACACCGGGCCUCCUCCCCAACGAGUGACCUGCGGCCAGAAUCAUCGAAGCGCGAGCGCAAGAAGAUUUCGAGGAGGGGGGGCGUCGGACAACGAAUUCCCAUGCGACGGGGACCGACACCCGUUAGGCCCAGCGUCAAUAAUCUCACGGUUUUCCCCCCGCCGGAUCCCCAAGAAACAAGCAUCAACAGCGACCGCGCCGACCACACUCACGAUAUCAGCGACAAGCCCCCGCCGCAACACGCAUAUCGGCAAGUAAGUGGUGGGAAAACGGUAAAGAUCGACCCCGAAUUCGCCGCCGCUGCCGCCGCCGCCGCCGCGUGGGACCACCUGUUUCUCCAGCAACCGAGCACCGGGGACGGUGCCGUGCUCCCCCAAUCGGUAGUAGGGAGCGGUGAGGUAGAGCCUGGGGGGCAGCACAUCGCGGGCAUGUACUCCCUGGAGCUGGCCGUGCCGAGCCUCUCCCGCAGGCCGAGCGGCGCCCGUCCCAGGGACAGGGACGAACAUUUCUCCGCCGUUGCGGGAUCUUUCCGGGGGGGUACCACCUCGGGGUCUCCGAACGGCGGCGGCGGUGGCUCCAUGUCCUCGGGGUUUAGAUAUCCACCCGGUUCGACGCUCUCCAAUACCAACGAAGACAGCGCCACGCUCGCGUUGGAGGCUUCUGGGUCUGAGCUGCGCGAGGUACGAUCGGGGGCGGUAGAGUCGGGCGCGAUGUUUGAUUAUUCGUCUAAGGUAGUGCCCCCGAUGGAUGGUUGUUUUUCAGGGGAACCGGUGGUGACGGGAGGGAGGUAUCCAAGUGGCGGUGGGGGCGAACGUAGCAGCAGUCCCGCCGGGGAGAUAAUUCAUAGCAGAGUGCAGCGGCGUGAACAGGCCGAGCACGCAACGAACGAAGAAGAAGAACGAGAAGAGCAGGCACAGCAGCAGGGCACCGGUCGCUCAGCGGAAGAUGGCGACCAAGACAACAACAACAAGGACGGAGGCAAACUGGCGGGGCCGAUGAACGCCGUCGUUGCCGCAUCCGUGGCCGCCCGCCGCGCCAGGGAUUCGUGGGACGCCCGGGGACGGACAGAGACGCCGGUGGUUGUCGGUCGACGGCAGCCGUCAUACGUGCACGAGUCCAGGCUCCAGUUCAACUUCGACUCCGCUCAAGCACCGUCUUCGGGGAUGUCGGGCGUGGGAGUCGCGGUACCUAAGGGAUACGCGGACGCAAGGGAUGGGGGGGGGGGGCUGAGCGGAGACUCGCCUUCGUCCAUUUCGCUAUCACUCCGGGCGGCCAAACGGAGCUUUACGCCGAGCACAUCGCUGACAAAGAUAGCUAAGCGUCGAUUCAUCCCACGGGGCGGGACUUUGAACGAACAAAAAGCCACCCCGGCAGAUGCCGCAGCGCAGACGGGGGCCGGAGCAGGACCUGCCGACCGACAGGAAGAGCCGGCGACCGCCGGGAACGUCACGGAGGAGGUUUACCCGACGGGGCUCGUCGUGACUAAGCACUUCCGGGAGUCCUCUACCGGGCGCGAAAUCCUGAUGCUCGAGGUCGACAAGAGGCUGCGAGAGGUCUUCGAAACGCUGGCGGCUGGGCGGGACGUGCUGACGCAAGAGGCCUUGGUGAAGUGGGACUACGUGGCGCGGUCCAUAGAACGAGGGCUAGUGUCGCAGUACCAGGUGAGGUCUCUCUUUCGCCAAGCUCACGGCGGUCGGCAUAGGGGCAAGAUGGAAUGGCGGGACAUAAUCGCUUUCUACGAAGGAAUGGAGUCUGCCCUUGACAAGGCCUGCGCCCCGCCCUUGGUGGAGGAGUUCGUCAUCGACUCCGUAGAGUGGGACCGCGUGUCAGCCUCGCUGUACCUCACCAAACGCGGCGAGGUAUACGUCGUCGCCGUCGAAGCAGGUGCCGGCGGCGGCCACGGCACCCCUCCGUCACCGGCGACGGUCCGACUGGGCGGAGACGGCGACGGAGCCUCUCGUGGCGGCGGGUGCACGCAGGCCGUGGCUGGGUCGGCGUCGGCCACCGUUGCUAACCCGGACGUCCCCGCGCGACUCACGUUGUCUGGCCUUUCCCCCGAGCGGGACUAUCUGCUGUACGCAUACGGGGAGAACGGGGUCGGCGGCCGGUUGGGGGCCGGGUUCAGGGGCGACGGCUGCCACGGCGGGGACCCCACCACCAGCGGCGUGUUCUCCAUGGAGCCGGCUCCAUCGGGCAUGUCGGCGGCGCUCGUUGCGGCGACGCGGCUAGAAGCCAGGACGGAGCGAGAGCCCGACGAAGAGCUGGACGUCCCCUGGAAGGACCUCUCCGAGUCGGAGCAGAUGGCCGAGGCACUGGCGGCGCUGAUGGACCCCGUCGUGGCGCGCGCGGCGAGGGAAGCGGCGCUGGACCCGCCGACGGCGGACGACCUGGCGCCGGGGAGGUGCGCGGCAAACCCCGUGUCGAGGAACAAGUGGCGGUCGUUCUGCCGGUGGUGGGCGACGGCCGUGGGCAGCAACGGGGGGGGAGCCGCAGGCGGGGGGGGCACCGAAAGGUCUGCCUUUCUGCUGAGGGAGUGCGUCUUUGCAGCUCAACAGCCGGAGAUUCUGGAAGAAGCCGCCAUGAUGGGGGUUCAGAUUCUGGAAGGUGACUGGAACGCCGAGGUUGAGGUGGCGGCGGCAAGCGGGGGGAGAGCCAACCCGAACAAGAACCCCUCCGCUCGGAAACGCCGCUGGACCGCGUUCCGAUCCUGGUACCGGGGAGGGCGGGUGUUCGACAGGGCCGACGAGACGCUAAUCACCGCCGCCAUGCUGCGCCGGCCGCCGUCCCCGGGGUCGCAGGGCCGCCCCCUCACCCCGCGCCUGACGCCCGCCGAUGGCCCUCGUCCCGCCGCUCCGACCACAUUCGGAGAGGAAGAAGUCUCCGCUGCACCGGCGAAGGUGGUGGACAAGAGCGGCGACGGAAACGAGCAAGGAAAAAUGGCCGCCGCCGCCGCCUCCCGGGAAUCCACCGACGGCGCGCGAGCCGAGGUAGAAAAGACAGCGGCGGCGGCGGACAAGGGUACGGUACCGGGGCACGUUACACCAAAAGCGGGAAUCAUGCGCGGGCGAACGACCACGCCGCCGGUGCCGCCAGAACCACCGGGAGGAGAAGAAGCAGGGUCGACGUUGCACGUGACGCUGCUGAAAACCGACCAGUCAAAGCGAGCACGGACGUCCAGCAGGGACGAUGCGGCUGCUGCCGCCGACGGCCCCCAAGAGGACGGGCGUGCCGCGACGGAGGUCCUCCGGGAACAACAAGACCGUGGCAUUGACACCGCUCGCCUGGCGGGCAUUGCCGGAUGGGACGCACGAGAAGACGAGGUCGGCCGGCUUCUGGACGUGAAGCGGGAGGACGUCAAGGCGAAGCGGGUGGCGGAGGCCGCCUCGGGGGUGGUCGCGCGCCGCGGGAGGGCGGCGGCGGCGGCGAAGAAGCGACGGCGCAGCCAGGUGGAGAAGGCCCUCGCGCUCAAGAAGGCUGAUGAGCUCCUGGAGGAGUCCGGAAAAGCCGAAGACAUUAGGCAGCGGCGGGGGUCGCUGGGAACGCUGCGACCCGAAGACGUGGCAGCCAUAGGCGUUUUCGACCGCUUCGACAUGGAGCAGUUCGACCCGGAAGAAGUCGACCCUGAACUAUUUCGUCGCCGUUCGUCGGCAACGUCAGGGGAGGAGAGCCUGAGCGGCAGCCAAAAGGAAGCGGCCGCGUGGGAGCCUCGCUCCCCUGACGAGCUCAACCUCGAGCUCCAGCUCGCUUGCGUGCAGCCCCGGGUUUGCACCCUGGCGGCGUCGGCACGGAUCGGCGUCCCCGACCCUGAAGACGCGUCGUCCACGCUUCCAAACAAGAAACUUAGGACUGGUACUGUGAGGAAAGCGCCAUCCCCCGCCAGGAGUUUCGGAGGCGGCGGGCGGAGGAGCUGCUCCAGUCGAGGAGGCACGUGGCCACGCAGCUGCUGGCCUACGUGCCGACUCCCUUCCUGUUUCGGGAGAUCCCUCGGCUGGUCACGCCACCUCCCCCCCCGGUGGCAUACCAAGGAAGCUCUUGAAGCCGAAGACGAGGCGAUGCAGGCCGGGGAGCGCGCCGGACAAAGGGCUGCUCUGCUGGAAGUGGCGAGGGCGGAGGAAGGCCAAAACCAGAGCCUAGAGGAGAGGGUCGCGCGAUGGGAAGACUUCAGGUCCGAGCUCAUGAGGACCGCGGAGGCCGAGUUGAACAGCGAUCCCUUCAGAGUAGGAGAAGGAGAGUGGCAGUACAGCGCGACCCUGCUGUCGUGGAGGGAGCUCAAGUACCUUGGGUUCGAGGACGGGACGGGCCUGGAGAACAAGGACGAGAUUCACGACGCGCUCGAAAUCGCUCGGAAGGAGGCUCAGGAGGAGAGAGAGCGCGUUGCAGAGGUUCGCCGCCAGCGGGAGAUCGCGAGGCAAACCAGGCUGGAAGAGGAAAGGCGCAGACGGGAAGAAGAAGAGCGUCUGCGGUGGAUGCGCGAGACCAAGGAGAGGAGGCGACUCGUCCAGCAGCACAUGGCCAACCUCAAGCGGCAGCGGGCGCUGGAGGCAGAGAGGAACGCAAUGGCCGAAGAGGAAGCGCUGGCGCUCGCCGUCAUGCGUGAAGAGAAGAGGUUUCUGCAGGAACAACAAGCCAAAGAAGACGCCAAGGCCAAAGAAUGCCGACUUCUCAAGAUGGCGGCGGCCGCGGUGGCGUCGAUGGAGGAGGAGGUCAGGAGGCGACUCGAAGCCGAAAUGGAGGCCAUGGCCCUCGAGGACAACCGCUCUCGGCAGGUCGAAGACGAAACGCUCGCUGCGGAGGCGGUUCUGCGCGAUAGGGAGGCUUACCUCAGUCAACUCUAUACAUCAUUCGUCCCACUUUGGGGGAAGCACUGGGAAGACGGAUCAGAAGCACCACUGCAGGGCUUGGAAGCGCAGGGCGACAGACUAGAGGCGGUUUUGGGAGGGGGUCCGAGGUUAGCGGAGGAGGAGGUCGUGGGAGUGGAGGGGGAUGUAGACGACUGCCACCUCAAUGCGAAAUUCGAUGGCGACAACGUCCAUCUCGAUGGCGUUGACGGUCGCGAUCAGGCAAACGACGACGGUGGCACCAAGCAGAGGCCGACGAUGUGGUGGAGGGGUGCCGACGCGCCGCAUAUUUGGACGGGGCCGCGAAAGCCCGGCGCCGCGCCGGCGGCGGCGGGGUGUCGGCGGCCUGCGACUACCAUGAACGGCAAGUUAACUCCUGGAGCGAGAUUCGUGCCCGCCGAGCAGGCCCUACUGGACGGCCUAGAGCCCCAGGCCAUGACCGUGGGGAGGCUGUCGCGCGAGUACCUGACGCUUCUGGGCCUGCCGUAUGAGUCCAUCAGGGACAUGUUCCAAAAGGACUCGUGGACUGUGAAGAAUGGCAACGCUAUGGUGGAUGGGAUACAGCUCGGCCGGGUGUUUACCAUGUUCGAGAAAGAAGAGGUGCGGGACAACCUGGUGCCCAUCGUUCCCACGAUAGACCGCUUGGGAAAGUCUCGACAGCAAUCCAGUCGAGCAGCAUCAUCAGCAGCAGGAGCAGGAGGAGGAGGCGGAGGGGGGGGAGGGCCAAUAGCGGCGACCCCCCCGCCUCUAGACGGACCGCGCCCUCGACCUCAGACAACCGUACCGAUACCAGGAGAAACAGCAAGACGCUACCGCAGCCACCGAAGCGGCUAUUCGAGCGCCAGCCCAUCUCCCCAUGCCCCGAGACGGGGCGCGCUGCUGUCUCUCGGGCAGGAGGACAGUGAGGAGGUGGGAAGAGCGUGGAAGAGAAACUCCAACUACUACCUCCACCACAACCACGACGACCAGAAGAACCAAGCAGGUUGGCCUGCCGCUGAGUCUCGCCCGCUGACUGUCCGUAGCAGCGGGAACGGGGAUGGUAGCGGCCGUGGUGGUGGUGGUGGUGGCGGCGGCGGCGGCGGCGGCAAAAGCAUUGGCGGACGGCGAACUGCUGCCGCUUAUGACGGCGAUGAGUUUUGGCCGGGACAGGGCUGGAGGCGGCAGGUCGUGCACGCCGGGGCAGAAGCCAUCGCCGGCCUACCGCUCUCCGGCGACGAGCGAGACGACUACGCCUCCCGAGAGAAAGCGGAGGUGGUGGUGGACUAG